AUGUUCUCAAAGCUCCUUGGCUUGGCACUGUGGUCUCUAGUAGCCGUGGCGGCCGGCCUCGCAUUGGAGAGAGGGGUAGUCGGUACUUAUCAGAAGUGGUUUGCUCUCAACGGCGGCUCACUUGGUGAAUCUAGUGCUCUGAGCCCUCGACAGCUUUUCUGGUGUGACUUUGGAGAUACUCCAUGUGGGGAUGGAUGUAUGCCUUUGGGAGACGUUUGCUGCGGCAUCAUCAACCCAGGCUAUUGCCUUAAGGGAUACACCUGCCUAGACAACGGAUGCUGUCCUGUGCAUGAUCGCUGGACGCAGCACGGCUCUUCUGUCCAGCACUAUGAAGACUACGAGUGCUUUGAAGUCGACAAGCUCCGCUGUGAGCCUGCAGGCCUCGACGUCUAUCAAGGCCACACAAACCGGACCGAAGAUGAAUAG